CUGGAAUUUGAAAGUGGACAAGGAAGAGCAAAUUCUAUCCAGGACCAAGGCGCUUUUUCAUGGAGGAGACGCUUGUUUACUAACUUGUACAUACAAAGGCCUAGGGAUUUUUGUGUGACGUCAGCUUGAGAAGAAGACUGUGUUGAGGGGCCUCGCAAGAGCUUAGGGAAAGCACAACGCUCAGCGAUGGCGGCCUCUGUCCAGCUGCAGACCAGUGCCGCGACCAAGCCCUGCACAUCCAAGUUCGGGGCGUCCGCAGCCAGGGGGAAUGCAGCAUCUACUAGACCUUUUGUCCAUCUUCCUCUAACUGAUUUCACAAAGACGUUUUUGGCAGGUGCUUUGGACUUUCACUUGAAGAGUUCAGAGCAAGCGCUGGUUGGCAGUCGCAUUAGGGUGAAGGCCAGUGCAAGCGCAGGGCGCGAGCAGAAGGGGGCUCACAUCUCACGCUCUAGGGAGGUGCCCCAUGGAUCGAGUCACUCGCGGAGUAUGCGCACAACAACUAGCAGAGCCGUGGCGGUUGGGACGGGAGACGCGGAGCAUGUGACAGUUCAGAGCCAUUCCGCAGGGGUUUCGAUUGAUGUGGAGGGGAAGACUUGCAUAGCUUGCCACCGGGUCAAGCCUUUGAUUGACUUCCAGAAGGCUGGGAAGGGGCUGAGGGCUUCGUGCAGGGCGUGUGUGGCAGUUAGCCUUGCUGACCGCUCUGGGAAGGAUAUGUACCACUUGUCCAUGUCGGUGGACGAGGCCUGGGCACACGCCAAGCAAUGCUCAAAGUGCAGAGUCGUCAAGGAGUUGCGUGACUUUGCACCCAACAAGAAAACAAAGGAUGGGGUUCAGACCCGUUGCCGGGCGUGCAAUGCUGUGGCUGUCGUGGAGAGGAUGCCAGAUGAGCCUGCUGCUGAUGGGGCAUGGACGAAUGAUGUCCAGGACAACAAUGGACACCAGAACGGAGCUGUUGCGCAGAGUUUCCAGCUGCCAGAGGCUGACAACAGCUAUACACUGCCAAAGGAGCCUGCCCAUGUGGAGGCCCCCGCAUACUCUGCAAGCUUCAGCGCGGCCCCUGCUGUGGAGGAGAAGGAUGACAUCAUCAUUCCCCAGGUUGAGCCUACAUACGUUAAGCCUACAUAUGUCGAGCCUACAUACCAGGCCCGCGAACCAGAGGAGUCGACGCAUGAGGCGUCAGAGAUGGUUGCGGACCUCCAGCUCAAGCUCUUGCGCCUGGACUUGGACCUUGCCAAUGCCCGCGCAGGCAAGGCAAUCUUUGAGGACCAAGUGCAGUACCUGCAUCGUGUGAUGGAGACCCGCACGGACGAUAAUGAGAAGCUGCGGAGUGCUCUGGCGGACGCAUCCUCGUCCGUCGCUCAGCUGGCAGUGCACGUGGACCGCCUGGAGUCAGAGACAAGCAAUCUCCGGGAGAAGCUGCUGCGCCUGGAUUUCGACCUGGUCCAUGCGCGCACGACAAGGGGAAUCCUCGACGAGAAGGUGGACGACCUUGAGCGUGCACUUGCAGCAGAUACCGAAGCAUCUAGAGUGCGGGAUGAGAAGUUGAGGACUGCCCUUGAGGAGGCAACCUCUUCCAAUGCCAUUAUGAAGGCUGAGCUGGAAGCGGCGCAGUCGGAGGGAACCGAACUGAGGACCAAGGCCCUGAACCUGAGCAUGGACUUGGCGCAUGUCGCUCACGGGAAGAAGAUUCUUGACAGCAAGGUUGAUGACCUCGAGCGCGUGCUGGCUGCCGAUGCCGAGACCUCCCGCGCACGGGAGGAGAUGGUUGCAACUGCCCUGGUGGAGGCAGAAGCAGCCAUUGGUGAACUAGAGCGCCUGACUGCGGAGACCAGCGCUCUGAGGAGCAGCCUCCUGUGCAAGGACUUUGACCUCACCCAUGCCAGUGCAACCAAGGCGUUACUCAGUGCGAGAGUGGAUGAUUUCGAAAAGGCCAUGGACACACUGCGCGAGGAGGAGGAAACCCUGAAGGCCGCGUAUGCGAAGGCCAACGCCGCCAACGCUGAGCUGGAGGCGCAGGUGGCAGCCCUGCAGGAGGAGCAGUCGAAUCUGAGGGGCAAUGUCAUGAACUUCAGCCUCGACUUGACUCACUCCAAGGCCAUGAGGAAGAUUUUCGAGGAGCAGGUGCAAGAACUGGAGCGCACUGUGGCGGCUUACGAGGAGACGGCCCAGGAACGGGCUGCAACGAUGAAGGCCGCCCUCGAAGAGUCGUCCGCGGCAAUCGCAGAGUAUGACCGCCUGAACGAGGAGGCGUCCGCUCUCCGGAUGCAGGUUCUGCGCUUGGACAUGGACUUGUCCCACACGCGUGCGACGAAGCAGAUUCUUGGGGCCCAGGUCGACGACCUUGAGCGGGAGCUCGGGGCAACUCGUUUGGAGGACGAGAUGCUGAAGACCGCCCUUGCGGAUGCCUCCGAGGCCAACGCUGUGCUGGAGGCUGGCAUGGCGAUAGUGCAAGAAGAGGGGACCGCUCUCAAGGAGAAGGUGCUGUGCUUGAGCCUCGAUCUGGCGCAUGUGAGCGCAGGGAGGAGGGUCUAUGGGGAGAGGGUGGACGACCUUGAGCGCCUGAUCCAGGCUGACGCCCAGAGGUCUCAGGCACGGGAUGAGAAGCUGGCAGCUGCCCUUGCCUCCAACAUCACCCUAGAGGCUGAAGCGGUGCGCAUGAUGGAGGAGGGAGACGAGUUCAGGACUCAACUCCUGCGCCGGGAUUUCGACAUCGCCCAUGCUGUCGCCCUGAAGAGGCUCCUCGAUGAGAGGGUGGACGACCUCGAGCGCACAAUUGCAGAACAUGACGAUGCCGGCGCGAAGCUGAAGGCCGCCCUUUCUACGAACGCUGAGCUGGAAGCGGAGAUGGAGCACCUUGUGAAGGAGGGAGGCUCCCUCCGCACCCAAGUGCUGAUGAAGGACUUUGACCUCACCCACGCCGACGCUCUGAAGGGAAUGCUGGGCGAACGCGUGCAAGACCUGGAGCGCGCGAUUGAGGCUCACGAGGACCUGGGUGCGAAGCUGCGCGCUGCCUACUCUUCCAACGCGGAGCUCCAAGCCGAGGUUGGGAACCUCAAGGAGGAGGGCGACAGUCUCAGGACCCAGAUGCUGCGCCAGGACUUCGACCUGACGCACACGCGUGCAAUGAAGGCCAUCUUCGCCGAGCGGUGCGCCGACCUCGAGAAAGUCAUUGCGGAGCAUGACGACAUGACCGCGCAGCUGAAGGCCGCCAACUACACCAUGGAGGAGCUGAACGCUCAGGUGGCGCACCUGGAGGCGGAGCGCAGCACGAUGCAGACCAAGCUGCUGAGCAAGGACUUCGACAUCACGCACAUUCACGCCAUGAAGAGCAUCCUGAACCAGAAGGUGGAGGACCUGGAGCGCACAAUCGCAGACCACGACGACCUGGGCACACAACUGAGGGCUUCGCAGUCCACAAACGCCGAGCUGGUCGCUGAGGUGGAGCGCCUCGGGGAGGAGGGGAACUUCUACCGCACCCAAGCGCUCUCGAAGGACUUUGACCUGAGCCACAUGCGCGCGCUGAAGGCCAUCCUGGACGACAAGGUCAACGACCUGGAGCGCGUGAUCGCUGCCCACGACGAGAUGGUCGAGAAGCUGGCGGAGGUCCAGCAGGCGAACGCCGUGCUGCAGGCCGAGGUGGAGCAGAUUGCGUCGGAGAAAGGGGAUCUCCAGACGCAGCUGUUGUUCAAAGACUUCGACCUGACCCACACUGAGGCCAUGAAGGCGAUGCUGGAUGACAAGGUGCAAGACCUGGAGCGCGUGAUUGCGGCCCACGACGACCUGGGCACUAAGCUGAAGGCGGCCUACGACUCGGAGGCCCAGCUGGAAGCCCGUGUUGCGCGCCUCGAGGCGGAGGGCGGCGACCUCAAGACCAAGCUGCUGCUGCAGGACUUCGACCUGACCAACACCCGCUCUCUGAAGUCGAUCCUGCACGACAAGGUGGAGGAUCUGGAGCGCGUCAUCGCCGCUCACGACGACCUGGGCGCAAAGCUGAAGGCUGCCCGCUCUGCCAACACUGAGCUGGAGUCUCACGUGGAUUGGCUCGAGGCGAAGGAGGGCAUGCUCCAGACCCAGCUCCUGCGCAAGGACUUCGACCUGGCCCACACGCAAGCGCUGAAGGCGAUCCUGGACGACAAAGUGCUGUUCCUCGAGCGCUCUGUUGAAGACCUGGAUGUGACCGCACGCGAGCGGCUGGAGAAGCUGAAGGAAGCCCUCGCGGAGGCGGAGAUUUCUAACAGCGAGCUGGAGCGCCUGCGGGCAGAGGGCGGCGCUCUGCAGUUCAACAUGCUGAAGUCAGACUUCGACCUCGGCCACGAGCGCCACACGAAGUCGAUCCUUGCCGAGAAGGUCGACGACCUUGAGCGCAUGAUUGCGUCGUACGACGAGGUUGCUCAAGUUCGGGACACGAGCCUGUCAGAGGCACUGUCUCUGAUCGAGCAGCUAGAGACAGGCGGCGAGCGCCUCGAGAGGGAGCGGGACAUGCUGCGCACCAACCUCCUGCGCCACGAGUUCGACCUGUGCCACGCCAACGCAACAAAGGCGAUCCUGGGCGACCGGGUUGAAUCUCUUGAGGCACAGGGUGAGCUGCUCCAGGCGGCUCUUGGGGAGGCCCUGACUUCCAAGGGUGAGCUGGAGGAGAAGGUGGAGACCCUCACUACUGCGCUGAAGGACGCGCAGAAGGAGGAGCGCGCUCUUCGCCAGAACCAGUCCGUGCUCAAGCGGCAGGUGUUCAAUCUGAAGAUGGACAACUCUGCGAUGAACCGGACCAAGGUGAAGCGCUCAGAGAUCCUCGCAAGCAAGGAGCGCGAGCUGGCAGAAGUGGAGCAGGCGCUUGCGGCAGCGCAAAACGAGAUUGCCCAACUUACCCUCAUGCGGGAGGACGCGCAGACGGCCAUGGACGACCAAGAGUCUGCCAACCAGUCAGAGAAACAGUGGGCUGGGCUUGUCUCGCUCUCGGAGUCCGUCCAGCAGCAGGAGGAGAAGAGCCUGCAGGAGGCGCUCUCGCUGAUCUCGCGGCUGGAGGACGAGGUGGCGCGCCUCGAGGCCGAGGGCGGCGAGUUCCGCAGCAGGGUCUUGUCACAGGAUCUGGACCUGAGCCACAUCCGUGCAACCAAGGCGAUGCUCGACGGCCGAGUCCAGGACCUUGAGGCGAAGGGCGAGAAGCUCUCCACGGAGCUGGAGGAGGUGAUGUCCUCCAAGGGCGAGCUGGCCGACAAGGCAGGCUACCUCGAGGGGGUUCUGAGGGCCAUCCAGACCGAGGAGCGCUCCCUUCGCGGCGACCAGACGGAGCUCAAGAAACAGCUGUUCAACCUGAAGGUGGACAACAUGGCGCUGCACCGCGCCAAGUCAAAGCGCGCGGAGCUGCUCGAGACCAAGGAGAAGGAGCUGGCCGAGCUGACGCAGUCGCUGGCGCAGAUGCAGAAGGAGGCCGCCUAUCUGGUCAAGCAGCUGGCCGAUGCACGCACAGUCCAGGCGGGCAACGACAGGCGCGGUUACGGUUCUGACUCCGACGACGAGCCGUCCGUCGGCAAGCAGCUCGCCAAGAUUGCCAGCCUGACGGUGGCCGUGCAGCGCAAGGACAAGGACGCAAAGGGCGACGCCAAAGCGCAGGCGGACGUUGAUUCUGACGACGAUGACGAAAUCACCCCCGACCCCGAGACCGAGCAGACCGCGAGGAAGGCCAUGAACGCGGCCGGCGCCUCUGUGCUCCUCUCGUCGAUGCUCGGGCUGUCUCUGUCUUUCGGGUCACCUACGAUGGCGCCACCGCUGCGUGCCGCCAUGCCCCAGAUCUCGACGAUGUUCUCUGCGCCAAACCCUGUGGAGCAGCUGGCGGAACUGUCCAAUCUUGAGGACAUCACUGCUGAAAUGUCCGAAGUCGGGUCCUCGGAGGUCGAGAAGUUGGCCGAGAUUGAGGGAGGGGGCUUUGACCCAAUAGAUGAGGCGUUUGAAGUGGAGACGCUUAAGGAGGAGGGGCGCUCGACCAGGUCGCGCUCAAACUACCCGGACUCCUCAGACAGCCCCACGUUGCUCGACUAGGGCGUGUCGGUGAAAGACGGGAGUCGGACCUCCAAUAUUGCACGAACGGUGUUGGGAGAAGAAAAUUGGGGUUAUUAGAAAAGCGGGUUCGAUCGGGCAGCGGGCGGGGUUGAAUAAGGGGCCGGCUGAGGCUGCCAACCUGGAAAUCCGGGACUGUAAUGCUCUAUCGUGUGUGCAUCGCGUGGAUUCACCGUGUGCUGGCUAGAGCACUUUCGAGCCGGGUGUGAUGGCAUUCGUGCAACCAAGGGUUGGGGGAGGAGAUUGGGCGGACUAUGGACGGGGGGGGUCUGGGGGCUUUCAGGUCCAAAGCCACCAACCCGGGGUUGAUUGUCGCAAGUUCAGGCUACCUUAGGACUGUUGAACAAAAGUUGCAGUCUUGAUUUGUCAAAGAUUGACUGUAAUUGAGCGUGUUGAUUUGAGAACAUGUUGCAUCCAGUUCUGGUCGGAAGCAGCAGUGGCCAUUGCUUGUUAGGGUCCGAGUAGCAUUGUUUGAAGGUUCCGUCUUGCAUGUUAUAGUUAAGGUAGAAUUGCAUUGUCGCCCAUUUGUCUUGCUCAGUAUUACAGUGACAUAAGCAUUGUACAUAUACGCAAAGACGUGAACACCAUUUCAAUUGUAGAUUCUGUUGCGCAAUGA